ACGCUCUCUGCUUACCCAGUCACCUAUGUUACUCCCAGAAAUAUGUUUGCGUACAUCACAUGAGUCUUUUUCUUCAGAAACAGCUCGAAGCUGUUCGCCUAACAAAAAACACGAACUUACGGGGACUCCUAAGGACGGUUUAUUUUCCGUCAAUCCGCCGGACGAUAAAUAUUCGGUGAUUUGUAACAUUGCAUCAGUAACUCUUGUCCCUGGUGAAGCAAGUAACUGCUCAUCGAAAUUUUCCAGUAAGUUAGAGAACAGAAAAAGAAAGCUGAUCUUUCAACCUUCCGAUACCAUACGAUAUGAGAACUCAAACUCUGCGCUGCAGCGCAAAAAUCAGUCGGAACUCGCUCAAUUCGAUGAUAAUCUUUUGCAUGAUGAUGAUUUCUAUCGGGAUCUCGAUUUAGAUGAGGUUGAGGCACAGGCUACAAAGAUUUUAAGAUGCAGAUCAGAAUUAUCAUUUGGGAAAUCUCAAGCUGCAGCACAGAAUGAUGAGGGUACAAGUGAAAAGCUUCAAAUUGGUUGCCCUAAGAGUUGAUUCUUCAGAACAGGGGUUCAUGAACUUGUGAAAAUGCCAUAAAGAAGGUUUUUGCUGAGAAGUUAAAAAAGUGUCUCAGCAGUGAAAGGAAGUAUUUAUGUAAAAUUUUAUUUGCAUGUAGAAAUGCAGAUUCAAUGAAUUUUGUAUUAUAGAAGUUGCCAGCGAAGUGUCAGCAGCCAUGUUCUGCACAAAGAGAAGAUGUAUGUGUAUAGACAACAAUAUUAAUAAAAUGUGGGGUGUUUCUGGU